AUGUCGAACGCCACCAACAUCAACACCGACGAUUGCACGCUAUCAACUUGUCCCAUUACCGAUGCUUAUGUCUACUACCUCCCCUCAUUGGCAGGAAAUGCUUUUUACUUGGCACUUUUUGCUCUCUUCCUGAUACUGCAAUUGGGGCUAGGUAUCAGAUACAAAACAUGGGGCUUCCUAGCCGGUUUGUUUGGUGGUCUGGUCCUGGAAAUUAUCGGGUACCUGGGCAGAAUACAGAUCCACAGCAACCCAUUCUCUUUCAACUCAUACCUCGAGUACCUGAUCUGUCUCACACUCGGCCCGGCAUUUUUCAGCGCAUCGAUCUACAUUUGCCUCGGACGCAUCGUGAUCGUAUACGGCGAGAAGAUCUCCCUCCUCAAACCUCGCACCUAUACCGUCCUCUUCGUCUUUUGCGACCUGAUCUCCCUCAUCCUGCAAGCGGCCGGCGGUGCCAUCACGUCCAUCGCGGACUCUGACCAGCAGAGUCUAGCGCAGACGGGCGUGAAUAUUAUGAUCGCGGGUCUGGCGACCCAGGUCGCUUCUCUUGUGGUCUUCAUGGCUCUUUGCCUCCAGUACGCAUGGAGUGUGCGCAAGAACCCCCACGGUCUGAACCAGGCACCAAGCAUGGUGGAACUUCGGGAGAGCUUGAGGUGGAAAGCGUUCCUUGGUGGCCUCGCUUUGGCAACUGUCACCAUCUUUGUCCGUUCGGUGUUUCGGGUCGCGGAGUUGAAGGGCGGAUUCCAUAGCUCGUUGGCGAAUAAUGAAGUCCUCUUCAUGAUCUUGGAGGGAGCCAUGAUCGCGAUCGCCAUUUCAUGCUUGACGGUGCUGCAUCCUGGUGUAUGCUUUGAUGGACAGUGGGAUCAGACUAAGUGGAAGUUUGGCCGGUCGAGCGACAGCGAGAUGAAUCUCAGUUCUAUGGAGGCCAAUGCGCGAGUCAAGGCUCGGGACAUCGCUUCUUCCGUCUCCAUGUGA